AUGGCCGUUGAAAGGAAGUACAUCACCUAUAACCAGGUCCACAAGCUCUGCCAGGCUUCUGCUGUAAGGAUACUCGAGGAGUUCAAGCCAAAUCUCAUGAUUGCUAUUGGCGGCGGAGGAUAUGUACCUGCCCGAAUUCUUCGAUCAUUUUUGAAGACCCCUGGAUCUCCCAACAUCCCGAUUCAAGCUAUCGGGCUUUCGUUGUAUGAGAAGCUCGUUUCAGAGGAUGGUCCCGAGGAGGAGCCCGGCACCAAGGUCACCAGGACUCAGUGGCUCGACUUCUCUUCGCUGAAGAACACGGACUUGAUCGGAAAGAAUAUUCUCAUUGUAGAUGAGGUCGACGAUACCAGGACUACAUUGCAAUACGCCGUCCAAGAGCUGAGCAAGGAUGUUGAGGCUCAGGCCAAGAAACUGGGCUCCACCGAAAAGACAAACUUCUACAUCUUUGUCCUUCAUAACAAGGAUAAGCCCAAGAGAGGAGCUCUUCCCAAAGACAUGAUGGAUGAGGGCCGCUACCUUGCUGCUGAGACAGUCGGGAAUGUUUGGUGUUGCUACCCGUGGGAGGCUACUGACAUUGACGCCCAUGACAAAUUGGCCGCAGGAGCUUCCACAAAGCCAAACGGGCACUAG